UUUGGAUGAACUAUUGGGUCCUUUGAUUUACUGUGCAUGUCUUGUGAAUAUCUCAGUUUUGAUUUGGGUUUCCUUUUUGGCAUAGAAAGUGCUCAUCUUUUUAUGGUUUGUGAAAGAAUCUGUACUAUGACAUAUGGGUAUUAGAAAUGGGCUAUUGGAAUUGGUUCAAGUACAGCAAGGCCAUUAGGGUUUAAGAUAUUGGAGUGGUGACUGAGUUUAUGGGUUAGGUAACGUUUUUAUUGUGAGAGUAGUAUUACCAAACUGAGCUCUGAGUCUCUUUGGCAGAAUUGGUCUUUGUUGAUAUCUGUGUUCAAAAUUUAGUUGCUAACUUCAAAGUUUCGAAACCGACAUUUUCAGAAGAUCUAUGUCAAAAGUUUUCCGCAAUACAGAAUUUACCAGAAUUGACUGUCAUCAACAGUUUCUUCGCCGCUGAAGCUGAAACCUUUAUACUUCUAAACUAACCUGCAGCAGUCUGGAUGUUAUCUUCCUCAGCCAGUAGCAGCAAGAGAGACGACAAUAUUUGGGUGUCUUGUCCAAGACUGCAUCAAGUGAUCGCAGUAAUUUCUUCUCAACAAUUGAAGAACAUGACAGAAGCCAUACACGCUGCUCUAAAAAUGGUGUGCUUUGUGAUCUAAAGAGAUCGGAGUCUCUCUUUUACCCUUUCUCCCACAGUGAAGACAAUGAGACAUGGUGCGUUUUCCAAAACUCUCAACCGCUGCUGCAUGGAAUUCCAUUAUACGAGAAUCUGUAAACCAAAGCCAUCCCCAAAAAGCCCUCCUUCUCUUUUGUCAGAUGAAGCAAAAUGGUUUGGAACCUAACAACUUUACCUUUCCCUUCUUGGCUAAAGCAUGUGCCAAGCUCUCCAACCUCAAAUUAUCCCAGACCAUUCACACCCAUGUUGUAAAAUCACCAUUUCAGUCUGAUAUCUUUGUGCAAACAGCUAUUCUAGAUAUGUAUGUCAAGUGUAAUCAAUUGUGUGAUGCUUACAACCUGUUCGAGAAAAUUACCAUGAAAGACACGGCUUCCUGCAAUGUGAUGCUUAUGGGUUUUGUGCAGUCGGGUUUUCUUGAUAAAGUGUUAUGUUUGGUCCAUGACAUGAGGUUUGCCGGGAUUCAGCCUGAUACAAUUACGGUUAUGGGGUUGAUUCAGGCGAGUUUGGCUACAAAGAAUUUGGAAUUGGUGAAAUCAAUUCAUGCGUUUGGAAUUCAAAUUGGGAUAGAAUGCGAUGUUUCAAUGGCUAAUACUUGGAUCUCUGCCUAUUCCAAAUGUGCUGAUUUGGAGUCAGCCAAGGCUAUAUUUGAUAGGAUUGACAUGGGUGUGAGGACUGUUGUCUCAUGGAAUUCGAUGAUAGCGGGAUAUUCAAACUCAAAUAAAUUUCUUGAUGUUCUAAAUGUUUACAAACAGAUGUUGUCUGAUGGAUACAGACCUGAUAUAAGCACUAUUUUAAGCGUCCUUUCUUCCUGCAAUCAAUCCAAUAAAUUGGUCCAAGGUAUGCUGAUUCAUUGUCAAGGAAUUCAACUGGGCUGUGAUUCUGAUAUUUUUGUUAUCAAUGACCUUAUAUCUAUGUAUUCCAAGUGUGGUGAUAUACUUUCUGCUAGGUUUUUAUUCGAUGGCAUGCAUGAUAGAACUUGUGUCUCAUGGACUGCUAUGAUCAGCGGGUAUGCUGAAAAUGGGAACCUGAAUGAGGCGCUUGAGUUGUUUCAUUUUAUGGAAGCAGCUGGUGAGAAACCUGAUUUGGUUACUGUUCUUUCUCUCAUUUCAGGCUGUGGUCAUACAGGAGCACUUGAUCAUGGAAAAUGGAUCCAUAACUAUGCCUUUUCAAAUGGUUUAAGAGACAAUACAGUAGUUUGCAAUGCACUAAUUGACAUGUAUGCAAAAUGUGGAAAUAUAAACAAUGCUCGAGAGCUCUUCUACACCUUGCCAGUGACAACUGUUGUUUCCUGGACAUCUAUGAUCGCGGGGUAUGCUCUGAAUGGUCAAUACAAGGAAGCUCUGGACCUUUUCUAUUUGAUGCUGGAGACAGGCAUGAAACCAAACCGCUUAACAUUUCUUGCUAUUCUUCAAGCUUGUACUCAUGCAGGUCUGCUUGAGAAAGGAAUGGAGUUCUUUAACAAGAUGACAGAAGUUUAUUAUAUGAAUCCUGGGGUAGAUCAUUAUUCGUGUAUGGUCAAUCUUCUUGGACGUAAAGGAAAAUUAGAAGAAGCAGUGGAGCUUGUUAAAAGUAUGCCAAUGAAACCUGAUGCUGGCAUAUGGGGUGCGUUACUUAGUGCUUGCAGGAUUCACCAUAACAUGGAGAUUGGUGAAUAUGCAUUUAGCCGUCUCCUUGAGUUAGAGCCCCGGGUUGCAGUUCCAUAUGUGGAGAUGGCUAACAUAUAUGCAUCACAGAGAAGGUGGGAUGAAGUUGCUGCAUUAAGAACAGUGAUGAAAUUUAACAAAGUGAAAAAGCUUCCUGGGCAGAGCCUUGUUCAUGUUAAUGGGAAGCCUCAUGUAUUUACAGUUGAAGAUAGUGGUCAUCCUGAAGCCUUAUUUAUAUAUGCAAUGAUAGGUACUUUGGAUUUGCAGUCGAAAGAAGAACACACCACGCUCAAAGAGGUUGGUGACAUGAUUAAUUAAAGAUAACUAUUUUUUCUCAGGAUAACAUCAAAUGAUUGAUGAGCCGAUAUUUCAUUCAAAUAAUGAUAGUCUGUAGUAAAGAAGCCAAAUGGUAUCCUCUUAUCAAUCCAAACACUAAUGGAGCUGGUGAUUUUGAGAGACGCUGUAUUUGAAGAACCCUCCAAUUUUGAAUGUUCUUUAACAGAUGAAAGUUCAGAAAGCUUUAUUCCUUCCAAUCCAGAACCAAGUCCCAGACAUAUUGCCUUUGAUAUCAUAUUAUAUGCAAUUUGGUGAAAAAAGGGAGGAAAUUGGAUUAGAAACAAUUGGCACAAUAUUUAUGUAAGCAGUUGAUGAUCAAAAGUUACCUGAUGAUAAUUAUUUGACAUCAUGUGGAUCCAUCCAGAGCCAUGAGGAUUCAAGUCUCUAGUAACUUCAGUUAUGAAUUAUGGAUGUCUAAAAAGUUGUUUCUCAAGGAUAUAGCAAAAGAUUCAGGGCAGCACUCAGAGAGAACAAGGAAUUGCUCUGGAAGCCAACACCAUGCUGAGCUACCAAGAAGAUUGUGGAGAUCUCAAUAUCACACUUCCAUACCAAAAUGAUUUUGAGGUAGCAAAACUUUCUUCCACCCAUCUAAGUGAUUUAACAAUCUUGGACACUCCAAACAAGGUUACAGUCAUAGGUUGUGAAUACUCCUUUGAUUUUGUGAGAGGGACAAACAAGGCACCACCCAACAACAACACCAACAAUAGUCUGACUCAUGCAUCUUGUUCUAGUAGUAUUGGCUGUUGCAGUUCUUCCAUUCAGACCAUUCCCAGAGGCUUCAGGUCUUUCUUUACUAUGGAAGAAAUGAGCAUUACAGGAAACACCAGUAAUAACAGAUGGAAUCAAACUUUUGCAGUAGGAUACUGCGAAAGUUCUUUUAGUCUGAGCAUGGAAAAGUUGCCUAAGAUAGGAUGAAGUUUCUUGUUUGAUCACUCAGAACCAUUUAGCAGUGAAGCAGAAAACCUUCUUAAACUUGGUACAGUGAGAAAACCGGAAGCUUAUGAUGGAAUUUCAAAGACAAGACGGGAAUUGUACCACAUUAAAAAUGGUAAAGAUUCCAUUCCAUACAUCUCAGUCUUUCCAGUAAAUCUGAUUCUUGGUCUUGGCUCUUGUUGCUCAAUUCUUUUGUUUGUGAUAUCUGGGGUUUAUUCGAGUGUGAAGAAUCUAAGGUUUAUUAAGCUCAAAACCAAUUUCUUCAAGAAAAAUGGGGGCAUAUUGCUAGAGCAGCAUAUUGCUUCACAUGGAGAUGGAAUGACAACAAUAUUUACAGCUGAGCAGCUAGAAAUGGCUACUAACUGUUACCAAAGAAUUUUACGCGAUAAAGUAGUGGAGGGCCAAGUCAGGAGUUUUAUAAAUGAGAUUAUUGCUCUUGCCCAAAUGAAUCAUGAGAAUUUGGUGAAGUUCAUUGGCUGCUGUUUAGAGACUGAUGCUCCGAUUUUGUUUAUGAACUUGCCUCUAAUGGAACCCUUUUCGACUGCAUUAGUCACUCCAAUGGGAAAGUUACGUUGCCUUGGAAUAUCCUCCUAAAGAUAGCCUCAGAAUCUGCAGCUGCUCUUGCUUAUAUUCAUUCUUCUGCAGGAGU